AUGGAUAUAAUAAAAAAGUUUAGUAUUUAUUUGAAAGUGUUGCAACAAGAAAAAGUACGACAUGAUAAUGUACGAGUGGAAAUUUAUCUGAUACACUAUGUGAAAGUUGAAUACAAUAAGAAUUUGGACCAGAUAAAAAAUUACACAGGGAAUGAAAAUUUAGAAAUUAUCAUAGUCAUGAAUAAGGUUAAGGAAAAGCUAGCAACAUUUAAAGGUCUGAUACACAAGCUAGAGGUUCUAUUUAAUGUCAUAAAAUCGAAGUAUGUAAUUGUCAUGUCAACGAAAUCACUGAUUGGGGAACUGAAGAGUGAGUUCAAAACAGAAGAAAACGGAGAGUACAAUUUUGAUGAUCUCAUAAGGUUAAUGGAAGGAGUAUGUAGCAAAAUUAACACUGUGAAUAUAAGUGUCGAAACUGUAAGUAAGACAUACAAGAACAUUAAAUAUGUAGAAAUACAACUAUAA